UCAUUACGCAUGUGCAAAGGACAUAAACUGAGUACCUGCCAUGUUAGAAAUUUUGAAAGUGCUGAAAGAUACCAUUUAACCGUUUUAUUAUAUGUGAUUUAUGCCUUAGUUCGUAACGAUGUCUUAGAUAUUUCACAAAUGGUAUCAUUAGACAUGAGUUUUCUCUCUUUUAUGAUGUAGAAUUUCGUAAUUAUUAAAUAUACCGGGUCUGUUUGUAUUGAAUUAUGCCCCUUGCUUCGUCACGGGGAAAAAAUUGACAAGAUAGUUGACACAUUAUUUACAUUUUAUUCAGAUAAUUGGUUGUACUUUUCUCACAUGAGCAUUUAAAAUGCCUAUGGAAGGACUAAAGAGACGUCUUAGCUUUCGCAAGAAAAAGAAAGAUAAAGUGCCCGAGUGUUCUAAACCCCAUCAGUGGCAAGAAGAUGAGAAAAAAGUGAGAGAGGGAACAUGUAGCUUCCAAGUCAGGUAUUUGGGUUGUGUUGAAGUGUUUGAGUCUCGGGGUAUGCAGGUGUGUGAAGAAGCGGUGAAAACACUCAAAGAUAAAUGUAAAGGAAAGUACCAGCGAGCAAUUCUCUAUGUAUCUGGUGACGCUCUGAGGGUUGUUGAUGAAAUCAGCAAG